GCUUGACUGCAGACCGACUAGAACUGCAGAUAGCUUUAAGCUAACGCUAGCUAUCGCAACAUCACCAACCCCAAUUUGGGGCUUUAAUUAGUCAUUGGUUUGCUAGCUUGUUCAAGGCUGGCUUCACUGGCCAAACAUGCAGAAAUAUGAAAAGCUUGAAAAAAUCGGAGAGGGAACGUACGGGACAGUGUUCAAGGCUAAAAACAGAGAAACCCACGAAAUUGUGGCUUUGAAAAGAGUCAGGCUGGACGAUGAUGACGAGGGGGUGCCAAGUUCUGCUUUGAGAGAAAUCUGCCUUCUGAAGGAACUAAAGCAUAAAAACAUAGUCAGACUACAUGAUGUUUUGCACAGUGACAAGAAGUUAACCUUGGUCUUUGAAUAUUGUGAUCAGGAUUUGAAGAAGUAUUUUGACAGCUGCAAUGGGGAUCUAGAUCCUGAAACUGUGAAGUCAUUCAUGUACCAGCUGUUGAAAGGCCUCGCUUUCUGUCACAGUCGUAACGUUCUUCAUAGAGAUCUGAAGCCGCAGAAUCUCCUCAUAAACAGAAAUGGGGAGUUGAAGCUGGCUGACUUUGGGCUGGCUCGAGCCUUUGGCAUUCCUGUGAGGUGUUACUCAGCAGAGGUGGUGACAUUGUGGUACCGGCCUCCUGAUGUGCUAUUCGGUGCUAAACUUUAUUCUACCUCAAUUGACAUGUGGUCUGCUGGAUGCAUAUUUGCAGAGCUGGCCAAUGCUGGAAGGCCUUUAUUCCCCGGGAACGAUGUGGACGACCAGUUGAAAAGAAUCUUCAGAUUGUUGGGUACACCAACUGAAGAACAGUGGCAGACAAUGACGAAGCUCCCUGAUUACAAGCCAUAUCCCAUGUAUCCAGCCACCACCUCACUGGUGAAUGUGGUCCCCAAACUAAGUAGCACAGGACGGGAUCUACUCCAGAACCUGUUAAAAUGUAAUCCUGUCCAGAGGAUCUCAGCAGAAGAGGCCUUGCAGCACCCUUACUUUGCUGAUUUCUGCCCACCCUAAAAGCUAAAUGGCCUCUCGCUGAACCUCAGCCGCCAGAAUCAAUCAUCCCUCACUCUGUUGGGUCAUUAGCAGCGGUCCCAACAAGGCAAAUCCCUCACCGGUUUUCAAACACUCCCCUGCAUUUCAUUCUGUUGUGCCUCUGUGUGGAACAAAGUCCUCGUGGCUCUGCAAGGUUUUAGGUUCUUUUAAGUUUGCAAGCCUGUUUUACAUACACGCCUCCCAGUUAAUUAGCACUAGUGUGGGAGGGUGCACUAUGUGUUGCUUUGAAUACGUUUUUAUACCUGUGGAAAUAUUUGAGAACAAGAUGCCCGUCUGCUCCAAAAGACUGAAAUUAACAUGCUGUUUUUAUAUUCCUUAGAAAGACGGCCCUUUGAAUCUGUGGUGAUCUCAAUUUGUAAAUGCAUUUUGUUUACCUCAAAUUCAAAGUGCUGGCACAUUCUGCAUCCGUUACCCAGACGGCCUGACUAACAUCGUGGUUUCUGGUCCUGCUGUGACGUGUUUUGCCAAUUUGCUUUCGUUAAUAGAAGUCUUAACAUUGGGGGAGACUGGAGUUUUGAUGCCAAUACCAAUACUGACAUUUGAGAGUUUUGGAAACUGUAAUAUACUGAUGUAUCGACCAUGACAAAAAAACGUAAACUUUAUUUGGGUGCAGAUCACUUAAAUUUGGGUAUUAAAGAAUUGUGAUAAAGAUGUUGGUGAUGUAAAACUUAUCUUUGGAUUUUCUGUACUGCAGUUUAUCCUUUAUUAGGCAGGAUCCACGCUGGUGCAUCUGUUGUAAGUUAAUACUCACUGAUAUAUUGGCUCUAGUAGACAACAGAUUCCUGGGGCAGCUACUGCUACAAUGUUAUGUUUUUUUAAACUAAACUAAAUCGCUUGAUUUGUCAGUUUUGGAAUAACAGGAAAACAAUUCAUUUAAAAUGUUAAAGGAUUUUUUUUCUAACAUAAAUUUUACAAGUCUGUAAUUUCCAGUUUCCUUAGAAAUUUUCCUGGAUAUAACUAAUGUAUGUAAUUUAGUACUAAUUUCUUUUUUUUUGACAGAAUUACUCCAAUUAAAGGUCCAGUGUGUACGAUUUUGGGGUAUAUAUUGGCAGUAAUAUAAUAUAAUAAACAUAAUAUAAUUUACCUGAAAAUAAAAAGUGUGUUUUUGUACAUAGUCUCUAUAGAUAUCGCCAUGUUGCCUGCCAUUUUCUCGACAGUAGCUCAAAACAGACGAACCAAACGCUGGCUCUAGUUAGGGCCACGCGGGCUUUGGCUUCAGCCGCAGUAUUCAGCAGCUUCUGUGUGGAGCCAAACUAUGUUGAAAAAACUCUUAUUUUUAAUGUUAAACUGCUUUAUUCAGUGUUUUACUGGUUUAAAUCACCAGAUCUCUUUGUUACGGAGAGGAGCAGACCUCUUUGGAUAAUUCGGCUCCUGGUAAAAACCUCCUGAACAAUGAACACUGAAGGCACUGUAACCGGGAGACGUUUCAUGUGGUAGCAAUCUGCGAUCAUCACCACUAGAUGCCACUAACUUCCACCUAAAUCUCACACACUGCUCCUUUAAAUCUGUGUAAACAGUUAAUGUAUAACUCAGUAUUAGAAACUGUAGCUCAGCACUGGGUAAAAGACUCUGGAGGUUACACCAGCUAUUAAUUAGAACAGAGUAAUAGGAAGUGUAUCAAUUGAACACUGUCCUCAUUUUCUCUUUAAUUAUUACCAAAUUACAUACUUCUUUCCUGGAGAUAAUUAGGCAAUUACAGACCUGUAAAAUACACUGUACAAUUAUUUUUUCAGACCAAAACAGAUCGCAAACUUGUAGUUCUGAUUUUUCACAUCCCAACAGUACAACUCUUUGUCCCACUAACUAUUACGAGAUUGUAUAAUAUAGCAUGGAAGCUAAUUUAUAAUUUUCUUUAUUUUCUCAGGCUUUAUUAUCUCCCCUUUUAUAUUUGUCUUUUGUGCACUUUGUAAGUUUUAUUUUAAUUUGUUUAGUUAUCAAUAUUAAAAACGUUGAACACUGACAGCCAGGAUUAUAUACGGUUAUCAAUAAAUGGGCCAAUACACGCGCACACACACACACAUAAAUAUAUAAUGUAUAUGUUAAUAACUUGUGGACCAUUAGUGACACUUUUUUUUUUUUUACAUCUUCAUUAUAAUUAUACUAAUGUCUUUUAGCUUUUCUGAAAUGCUUUUGCAACAGUUAAAUUAGAGAAUAAUCCAGGUAAUCCACUGAUAAUCUGUAUUUUCAUAUGAUUGUUUUGCACCAUUAGCUGUUUCCAUUCUGGUUACUUAUUAUAUUAACAUGGUUAACAGCUCGCAGUGUUAUUUUACUCCAGAUUGUUAAUGAAACUACUUAUCCCAUAAAAGCCUACAUGAUGAGUUGUGUUUGAAGUAGCUGUGUUAAUGAGGGAAAUGAGUUAUUUUGCCGAUGUUAAGACAAGAUAAUGGAUGCAUGUAUUUAUUAAUGCUGGAAUGUCUGCUCAUUUGUUUUGCAUUCGUUUAAAAUGUAGCACAGCUUUGUUUGGUACAGACGCUCACUUCUUGAAUGAUUUACUGUUACUCAGAUCUAAAGCAUUUAGCCAGAUUUUUCUAGGACUUAAAAUGUUUGAAGGUUAUUUGUGUGGAUUCAGUUAUAAUGAAAAAAAAAACAACAGCACUUGCUCUCAGUAUUUCAUUAUCUCGUGAUGAUAUGACGUUUCAGACCAACUGCUGUAGAAUAACUUUAUACAGCUUCAGUUUGAAUUUUAAAUGAAGAGUAGAUUGUUGCACUUUGCUAGUAUCUUUGCUUUUGCUGGUCGAACUUGGGACUUAUCAGUGAUUCUUGUGUAUAUUUCAACCAAUAAGAUAAGAGUAUUCAGUAAAGUGGACAUAAAGACGUGUUUGCUUUUGAGAUUAAACGUUCAUUCUUGACUUUAAAAACAGUCAUUGACAAAAUCUCAACACAAUAUCCCUUUAUGUAAGAGCUGUUGUGGAGCUUUAAAUCAUAUUUAUGACAACUGAGAAAACUCAAGUCUGCUUAGAAAGAUCAUGUAAUUUCAUUUAGAGCUCCAGAACAGCCAACAAAUCGACCUUGUGGUGAGAUGUCUUUUUUCUCUUUGAUAGCUAUUCAACAGCUUCCUCAUUUAUAAGUGACUUUGACUAUUUCAACAUUUUGGGAGCAAAAAGUAAAUACAACCCUGAUUCCAGAAAAGUUGGGACGCUGUGUGAAACAUUAAUAAAAACUGAAUGCAAUUAUCUGCGAAUGCUUUUGAUCCGUAUUCAGUUAAUAAAACAAAGAUAA